AUGGCUGAUCAACCGCCUCAUGAAUUGACCUCGAAGGCAUGCAUUUCUCAACCACCGACUCUGGAAAUCUCAACUACACCAGCACCCAACCCUCCAUCAUGCAGCCGCCUCGAGCGACUUCCACCAGAACUUCUGCUGCUUACGGGAAAGUUCAUCACCCGGCCGUCAGACCGCCUCGCGCUCUGCCUAACGAGCAAAGCUGUUCGCGCRUGGGCCAUCACCCGACUCUACCACACUUUGUCCUUCAACAGCGACUUGCAACCCUGGCUUCCCCACGCCCAGAAGAGCCUACUCAAAAUCGACAAUCCCGGUCUGGUCCAUGUCCGCCGGCUCGAAAUUACCAGCACAAAGGGCGUGACGGAUUGCGAUGAUGAGGCUCGGUUUCUGAGACUUUUUCUUGGAAUUCUUCCCCGCAAUUGCCUGAGGCAUAUUGAAUGCUCUACCCUAAUACUCGAAGAGAAAUGCCUUCAUCUCCUCCUUGUGCAACAACGCAAACUCGAGUCCAUCGCCCUCGGACCAUCCAUGAGCAAUUUCAUCGAGCAACUCCACACUACAACGAUGCCAUGGAUCGGCUUGACUAGCCUCCACAUACCACAAGUCAUCGGCAAGACCGACCUAAGUGCAUAUCAAGAAAUCAUCCAACAGGCACCCCAUCUAUCCGAGCUGAGCAUCGGCUGCGCAUCCUCCAUCUCCAUUUCCCACGCAGAGUCUGCACUCCGUCCUCCAACGACCGUCCUCUCUCCCAUCGAAACCGGAACCGGCCUGUUCCGUAACAAAGACGGCACCUCCAAGUCCGACAAACCGAUACGGUUGAACCUCACCAAACUCUCUUUUAUGCACACGUGCGUGAAUGUCUACCUUACCCGGCCGGAUAUAUCCCGCCUCACCUCCCUUCGUCUAUGGAAAUGUCGAGGUUCGAGAGGCGCCCUUCGCGCCCUGAUUAAAGCUGCCAAAUACGGUAAUUGCGCUUUGAAAGAAUUCACCUACACGAACGGGGAGGAUCGAGAAUUCGAACGCCAUUAUGUGGAGAAAUUCCUCAAAUCAUUCGACGGAUUAAAAAAGCUACACCUAAGCCGCGAUGCACUCGAGGAGGAGGAGGAAACGCCUUUGAAUCUCAACUGUCUAAAAUCCCACAGCUACACGCUCGAAUCCCUCUUUCUCGAAUGUAACCACGUUACCGUUACCGAAAUGGGAAUCAAAAGGGAUUUCUCCCCUGAAUUCUUGACUUUCUUGACCCCUAAUUUACGGCAUCUCGCCAUUUCUAUGCCUGAUAUUCUGAUUGGACCCUACCGAGCCGAAAACUCAUACCUCCAUAUCUUCAAAUCUCUUAUAGAAGACCUCCCUGACCUGAAAGUCCUUCGGAUUCUGAAUUUUCCUCGCUACAAUGCAGUUCUUGUGCAAAACGAUGACGAUGACGAGGAUAUCAAUACUGUGAAUGUGAAGAUUUUCAAAGAGGAUCUCGAUGAAUUCGUGCAGGAGAUUCUGGCUCCGCAUCUUCGAGGGGGGAUGGUGUUGUGUUUUGGUGGAGGGGAUGAAUUGGAGAUUUCGGAUGAUGGGGAAGUGGAAGUUGCGCUUGAACCUGCGUAUUAUGUGGCGGAGGAGCGGGUGGAUGGGUUUGGGAAUUUGCGUGUUUUGGCUGGGAAGGUUUUGUUGAGGGAGGCGGUGUUUGUUGAGCCGGAAGUUGAGGUUGGGGAUUUGGGGAGUUUGAGGUCGAUGCUAUGA